UCAGGUCAAUUGGUAGCAGCUGUGCUGAAUGCCAAGUGCUUUUGUUAAAUUGCUUUUGUUCCAAGUUUGGAACGAUGACUGUGAUGACCCCCAGGAACCCUUGGAGAGAAACUGGAGUUGUGAUGGUGGUUUUCAUGGUGCUGAGGACUCCCAUGGCUCACAGAAGAGAUACCCCAAAGGAUUUCGUGUACCAGUUUAAGGGCACCUGCUACUUCACCAAUGGGACUCAGCGAGUAAGGCUUGUGGCCAGACAAAUUUACAACAAGGAGGAGAUCCUGCGCUUUGACAGUGAUGUGGGGGUGUUCGUAGCUGUAACAGAGCUGGGGCUGUCAAGUGCCAAGAGCUGGAAUGCCCAGAAGGACCUCCUUGCUGAGUAUCGGGCCCACGUAGACACCUUGUGCAGACACAAUUAUUACCAGACGGCUUCCUUCACUGUUCAGCGGAGAGUGGAGCCUGUUGUCACCAUCUCUCCAGCCAGGACAGAGCCCCUGAACCACCACAAUCUGCUGAUCUGCUCCGUGGCAAAUUUUUAUCCACGACAAGUUAAAGUCAGAUGGUUCCGGAAUAAAGAGGAAGAGACUUCUGGAGUUGUGUCCACACCACUUAUUCAGAAUGGGGAUUGGACCUAUCAGAUUCUGGUGAUGCUGGAAGUAAUACCCCGGCAUGGAGAUGUCUACACUUGCCAUGUGGAGCACCCCAGCCUCCAGAGCCCCAUCACAGUAGAAUGGUGGGCACUGUCAGAAUCUGCCCAGAGCAAGAUGCUGAGUGGAAUUGGGAGUUUUGUGCUGGGGCUGAUCUUUCUUGGCUUGGGCCUUAUUGUCCACCUUUGGAAUAAGAAAGGGUUCAUGCACUGAUUCCAAAUGUUUUUCUUCCUGUUAUCCCUUUUCCUUGGUCUUCUGUUGUCUUCACCCUUGUGCACAGUUCCUAGCCUCCCUUCUCUCAGGCCCACGAGGAAGCCACCUCUACCCUCCCUGUCCCCCAUCAAGGCCUGAGUCCUUAUGUGCCUGAGCAGCAGAUGCCAGGUCUUCUUCUUGUUCUGGUCUUUUUUGAAUUUCUGUCUGUGAUUGCUUUCCACCCCAACGCUGGAAGCUUUGCUCCCUGUGCUGCCUGCUACAUCUGUUUGGGCUAUGAGUAUUUUCAAAAUGUUUCUGAUCUUGUUCUCUGUCUGAAUUAAAUGUUGAACUCUUUUAUCUUUCAAUUUUUUUUUUCAAAAUUAAAUAGAUUUGUGAGUCCCUUGUGUUUCUGAUUCUGAUUGAGUAAAAAUGGUGGUGGGAGAUUCUGAUAAAGGAUGGACCAGAUUCUAGAGGAUUAGUUCAAAGGUGAGGAGACUAGAGGAAGUCAUGGGUUCCCAUAACUGGUCUAAUUCAGGUGCCAUGUAAGAAUGUGAAAAGGUGUGAAAACGUUCAAUUGUCCAUUAUCUGGGGGCUUGGAAGUUGGGAUUGUGUGCAGCAGUCUUUCUUGGCUUCUAUGCAGUCCAAUUAGUUUUACAUAUUUGAGCUAUUGGAAUUAUUUUUGUGCCAGUCUUGUUACCUAACAAUACCUACCACUAUAAAUUAACCAACCCGGCCCCACAAAUAUCUUCUGGCAUGUUGACUGUGUACAUGGAGGCAAAAAGACAAUGAUCAUGGAUUGCAUCUGAACUACCAGAUUAUAUGUUUGCCAGUGGGGGUUUUAUUAGAAAAUAAUAUGUUGACUGCAUAUGGAAACUCUACUAUCUUAAGGAAAAAAAUUUUUGGUUUCUAAUUAAAAAUUUCUUAAGUGAAUUUGGCUUCUGAAAAAUGCUUAGAUCAAGGACUAAAAUGAGAUUGUUUUCUCCCUUUUCUCUUAGCUCCCUCCUUUCUCUCUGACCUUUUCCUCCCGUCUUCACUCUCUUCUCUCAUGUCCUUCUUUUUCUUUCUACUGUCUCAUUAUCAUAGCAUUUUUAUUUCUAUCUGAAGGACCCUCUCUUAAUAUUAGAUGGUUUUUCUAACUUUCUUCCAUUUGUAUUCCUCCAUGAAUUUCUCUCUCAUGUCUUUUAUUUAUUGUCUACCUUAGAAUGUAUGUCUACCUGUUUUUUUUUUUUUUUCCUCAAUCCAUCCAUUGGCCUGUGUGCUCAUGGUUAUUUCUUUCUGUCAUUCUAUGGUUGAUUAUCUUUUUCCUUGUCUGUAUUCUCUCUUUGUUUAUCUCUCUGCCUCUCUCUCUCCAUCUUUGUGUGUGUUUCUUUCUCUCUUGCUUGCGCUCUCUGUGCGUGUCUGAGUUAUACUUUUCCUUAUUUCGCCUUAUUUUCUCCUCUGGAAAUAUGGCUAUAUUUCAGCCCAUCAUUGGAACAGUAAGAGACCAAACACGUCAACUCCAGUUUAACAAUCUGGAGAAAGCCCUGAUGGACUGACAUUCCAAUUUCUCAACCAAUCAUUUUAACCAUGGGAUGUAGGACUCUAAGUCAGGUCUUAGUUUUGAACCAAUUUCUAUGGCAGGAAGGCAGAUUAUUUUUUCUUCAAAAAAAGUAUGAAAAAAGAGCAAGGCUGGAUAGAUAAUAACAAUAGUAGUUAAGACUAACAUUACUAUCAUAAUCCAUUAUAUAUAUAUCUCCUCUGUUUCUUUUUCUACCCAUUAAAAAUUUGUUCCUGAGGGAACAGCUCAGUGGUAGAGCACUUGCCUAGCAUGCAUGAGGCCUUGGGUUUGAUCCUCAGCCCCCACACCAAUGAUGCUUCAAGUAUAAUUUGUGUAGUUCUUAUACAACUGAAGUUUCAUUUAUCUCAUUAUAGAAAGAGAAUUUCAAAUCAUAUCACCCUCCAAAUCCAAGUUCUCUGGUUAUAUGAAUUUCUCUUUGUUUGCUCUGGGUGGUUCUUAUUGGCCCUGUAAAUUAUGGUGAGAGGAUAAAUUCAUCUACUUUCAAAACAUGAGGAAAUAAUAACAUAACUAUAAUAAAACUAUAAUCAGCAAUCACUUUUGCUCAGUGUGAAGUGGUGUUUGAUAAUCUGGGUGAAAUUGGGUUGCUUAUUUGUGCAACCUCUUACCAGAUGGUGGAGGAGGAAAGCCACUAGGACACAUGUGAACUACCAUACUGGAGUUGUAUAAUAGAGCACCCUCACACUCAUUUCCAACAAAUAUCUGCUACUCCUAUCUCCUCUGGAGUGGUCAUUAGGGAAAAUGAAGUUGUUAAAGUUAGGGUGGGUAUUCACAUCAUUUGAGAUUUGUUAUGUUCAUAGAAGUUAGAUUAUAAACACUUUCAAGUAUGGAUCCCUAGGAUGUCCUGCUACUUGGGUUUUUCUAAAAAAAAACAUUUGUAGUAGCUUAGCUUCUUGGAGACCUGCCAUUUUAUUUAUGUUUAAAUAAUCAAAUCAUAUACUUUUGAAAUGCUAUGUCCUAUGGUAUACAGUAAGUACUUAGUACAUAUUUGCUUGUUGCCCCCUGAAGAGCAUGUUCCAUGCGUUAGCUGGUUCCUGGAAUCCUUUUACUUUUCCUUGGUAUGUAUUUUCUGGACUCCUGUACCAAUACCAUGUAUUUUAUCAUACACUUUGAUGUCUGUAGUGUCUCCUUCCCUCACUCAUGAUGGCAAAAUUGUCACAUUGACACAUGUAGUGGUAGUGAUGGUGGGGUAUCUCCAUAUAGCUGGAUUCCAUUAUUACUUUUCAGUGUUAACUUUUGUGUUUUUAUAUUUUCCCAUUUUGGAAUAUGCAAUAAUUUUUUUAAUCUACAAAAUGUUUUAUUUACUACCUCUACUUUUAACAUACUUUGUGCACUUCUAAAUAUCUAGGAAGACUAGAUAUUUCAAAUAAAGACUUAAAGUUUGUUCAUUAUGUACACAGUAGUGUUGAAUAAACUACACA